UUUUGCCCCACUGCAGGGGUCCUCGCCGGCCAGGCGCACAGCCCCCCGCGCCAGGUGAACGGGGUGCUGGGAGGCUCUGCUGUUCUCUCAGUGAACAUCGGGCCGCCGGCCAAAGUCAAGGAGAUCGAGUGGAGCUUCCGGGCCGGGCCGGGGCCCGCCCUCCUGGUGGCUCUCUUCCGCGAUGGGAAGUUCGAGCGGCCCGACCCGAGCGACAGGUUCAGACAGCGGCUAGACCUGCUCAACGAGACCCUGCGCAUAAAGGCCCUGGAGCUGAACGACAGCGGCCUGUUCGGGGCACGGGUGAAGCUGCUUCCGGCCAUCGUGGAGGACCAGCUCUUCCAGCUCACGGUCUACGAGCCGGUUCCAGCCCCGCGCAUCCAGAGCCAGCUGGUGUCCAGCACCCCAAAGUGGUGCAACGUGACCCUGCAGUGCCUGUCCCCCGGGAAGGGGCCGGUCAACGUCACCUGGAGGAAGGGCAGCCCCAUCCGGGACCUCGGCGGCUCCGACCAGUUCCAGGUCUCCCCCGACGGGAGGACCCUGCGGCUCUCGCUGCGGCCGGCCUUCCUGAACACCACCUACUCCUGCAUGGCCAGCAACCCCAUCGAGCACAAGAUCGUGUCCUUCGACCUGCAGCGGAUCUGCCGGAGCGGAGUCGAGGCGUCCUUCUCCAAGACCGGCUACGUCGUGCUGACCUUCACCCUCCUGGUGCUAAGCCUCGGGGCUGCCUUCUGGUGCUGGCGGAUCAACAACGAGAAGUCGGCCCAGGCAGCCGCCGUUCCGACUGUUCAGGUGGAGGAGAGCCCCUCCGAUCCGCAGUACGCCGAGAUCCUGCGCAGGAGCCCCCCAGAAGGUCUCCCGGGAAGUAAUGCGGAGAGGAGCCCCCAGAGAGAGCGGCUCAUCUCCCCCACUCCUGAGCAGACCCGACGGACCCCAGGCAGCUCAGCCGAAGACGUCGCUUAG